AUGAUGUCCAAUGCAACUCCUCUCCUCCACUCAAACCCACAUGUGAACACCACGGUGGACAUUGAUGCCGUUAUGAAUAAGGUCAGCACUGUUUUCCUCACCAUCAUCAUUCUUCUCGGCACCACUGGGAAUUCUGUAGUCAUUUGGGUGGCUCGUUUUCGUAUGAAGCCCAACGUCACCAAUGUAUUUUUGGUCAACCUCGCAGUAGCAGAUCUGAUCUUCUGCUUGACACAAAUCUCCUGGCUAAUCAAAGAUAUUUUCUUUGACUACUGGCCGUUUGGACUCUUUGUUUGCAAGUUCAAUGGUUUCUUCAAGUACGCCAACAUGUUCUGCAGUGUUUUUCUUCUGGCUGUCAUCAGUGUGGAUCGAGCACUCUGCGUCUGGCGUCCGGUGUUCACCAGGAAACGACGGAAAAUAUGUGCUGCUCGUUUGAUCAGUGUGGGAGUUUGGAUCACAGCUGGGAUCUUUAGUUCACCAUACUUUGUUUACCGGCAAAUCGUUCCUGAUAAGAAGAACUUGAGCCAAUGCUUAUUCAAGGUGAAUGGAACAGCUGAGAGUGACAAUGCAGCAAAGUAUGCCUACUACUUUGUUCGUUUCAUCUGUGGAUUCCUGUUGCCCUUUCUGGUCAUCUUUAUCUGCUACACACUGGCUGCUAUUGGGAUCCGCAGAACGAGACUUUCUGGCAAAUCAAGGCCUCUUCACAUUCUUGCUGUUUUGGUCUGUGCCUUUUUCCUAUGCUGGGCUCCAUAUCAUUUUCUAAGGCUGGUCAGGUUUGUAGAUGAAGACAAUGAGGUGGUAAAAUUAGGAUGGAGAAUGGUUUCAGACUUAACCUAUCUUAACAGCUGCAUUAACCCAGUGUUGUACCUCUUCGUGGGACUGGAUGUUAGGCAGCUCUGUAAGCAAAGUCUGUUUGGGAUUUUUCAUAGAGCACUUACAGAGGAAGCCCAUAAUCGGUCACAGCUGUCCACUAGAGAAGAAAGCUGUAAUUCCUUUCCAAAGGCUGCAGGUGUUAAGUGUGUAAAUAGAGUUUAA